UUGCGUAGCGCCUGCGCUUGUUUGAAUUGACGUCUUUGUACCAUACAAACAGUUUAUCGCAGCUUUUGGUUUUGCUCCCGCUUCACUAUCAAAUCCUGGGCCAGAUUUCUCUCAAAAAUCUUCUUGUUCUACGAUAAUAAUUUUUACCAGUGACAGGAAAUAAAGCAAUACAUAAAUCAUGGCGACGACGUUUCUGUCCUCGUUGUUUCAGACAAAGGACGAGCUGGUUCGGGAUCUUGACUUUGUCAGUGCGUGUGACGACGAGGUGGAGUCCGAUGAACUGAAGGAAAAAUUUAUCCUAUGCAAAAACGUCCCCACACCAGAGUCAAGAUGGGGAUCUCGCAACACAAAUCUAGAAGCUUUGGGAGUCACGCAUGACAAGUUCCUCUCUGCAUUGUAGUGCAGUCUAGCAAGUGCAGCUACAUCCCAAACCCAUCUACCCAUCCUGUUUACAGCAUUACAAAUUCCAAAACACGACUAAAAAAGCCUCUCCUGGCGAUGCGCAUUACAAAUGUUCCUGUCAUUGCAAAUCUGCAUGACAGCUCUGGUGCGGGGACAUUUUUACUCAGGAUAAAAUUUGCCCGCAUCAAGAUGCGCAUCGAACCCGUGCACCGGCUGGAGGAGCGAGCAACGGCGAUGAAAUACAUUCAAGAGACGAUCUACGACACCAAAAAGUGGCGGAAAGUGUACAACGGGCUUCGGCUACUGGAGAGGGUAAGCAUGUACACGACGGUCGCUUCUACUUUUUCACAAAUUAUAUCUCAUUCUCUUUGUUCGCAUCGAUCAUGAUAGGGGGACCGGACCCACCAGUGCAGCCAUUAUUCCUGGUCUACAUGAUUUUCACUUUCUUGCAGCAGGCUGCAAAUUGUCACGCAGAAUACAACUCGCACACGACACGCCUCAGCCAAUAACUUACGUGCGCUAUUUCGCAUAGGUUUCCGAGUUUUUCCCAUUGCCAUACACAAAGAAUUGUACCUUCAGGUGAUGCAAAUUCAAAUCCUGGCCGAGGAGCAGCGAGAAGGGCGUCACUUCGACGUGGUCCAGCAAUGCAGCUUGCUGAUGAAUUUUUCGCACGAAGACAGCCGUGUGACGAAUCUGGUGCGCCAGCGGGCAAAGCACGUGCGCGAGCGGUGUCUCGACUUGCUGAACUUGACGGACACCAGUUCCGCCGCGGCGGGAAAUAGUAGUAGUACUGCUGCCGCGGCGGGGGCAAGCACUAGUUCGUCCUCUACUGCGUCACCGAGUGCGCAGCCCUGGUCUUCCAUGAACAAAAGCAGCAGUGCAGCGUCUCCGGAUGCAGGAGCUACUCGGAGCAGCCAAAACGGCUCAACGAACCUGCUGGACGACGACUUCAACGUGCAACAGUCGAACCCCUCCGCGGCACGGGGCAGCAGUUCUCUGGCAAAUGCCAAUAACGACCUCCUUGGCGGAGGUGCAGCUCCCAGUCCGGAAAACAAGUUCGCCCAGUCGGGCGGUCCUGCAGGUUCUUUACAACCCGGCCCAAACCGCGUGUACGCGAAUUUUUACCAAAGCGACAAACGCGGCGCGGCGCUGCAGAACAGUACUGGGAGUACGAUCUGCUACACAAAGCACCGAGAGGACACCAGCAGCGAGGAGGACGACGACGACAAACCGCGCAGCAGCACCGGCGGCCCGGCCUAUCCCCUCGGAAUGGUACCGCCGCCCCCAGGAGGGGGAGCAAGCGCCGGAUCAUUCGCAACCACGGCUAGUAGUGCUGGUCCUGCUGUUCCCCCACCUCCGAGCAGCGCAACUACCGUUACGGAUCUCAUCGACUUGUGAGAUGGGCUGUCGGUUUGUACUUUGUGUAGGAACUGUCGAUUCCUACUUUCUUCGCCAGGGGAGCCCGAUGCAGGUCCUCCUCCCUGGUGUCGUGUGUGUGAGUCGACAUGCAAGUGCGCUUACGUUGAAGAUGAUGUCCGGCUUCACGUAGAGUCACAGAUCUGUGUAGGUAUCGUAAUGACGACACCAGACAAGACACACGUUAAAAGAAGUGUCUAUUGCAGCUGGAGCAUGUGCAUGUUGCGCAAACAGAAAAGCCGCGAAGGUGGAAUAGAAACUGAACAAGAGUCUUGAUCUCAGAUUGCCGAGGAUCCCUCUUUGUUCCAUUGUUUUAUGUCAUCUGCGCAAGGUGUUUGACCGAAAAUUGGAGGAGGUCGCAAGAGUUUGAGUUGGGCUGUACCUCCGAGGAUGUUUCACUAGUUUGUGCGUACAGGCACCGGCGCCAUUUUCUCUUUUCUAUGCGUGCCGCACAGCGCAAAACGAGAGUGCCCCGAGACAAGAUCUGCCUACCUCGUUCGAAAAGGCGAGGCCUGUUCUUGAGCCAAACUUAGUCAAUUACUUUGCAACCAUGCCGAAUACGAAGAACGCC